AUGCCCCCAAUAAUUUAUAAAAGUCCUCUACCUGUUCGAUUAAAAGCUCCGAAAGGUAGAAUAACACCUUUGAAUGGACCCGAUAUAAAAAUUGGGAAAUCAUUAAUAGCUGCUUGUCCAAAAAGAAUAAGAGGAGAAAAAUUAGCUGAAAUGAAACAAACAAUACGUAAAUAUUUAGGAAAGAAAAAAGAAUAUUUGAUUGAUGUUCAUGCAACUUAUAGUGUAACAAAAAAACCUGAUGGAACAAAAAUGGGACAAGGUAAAGGAAUCAUUGAUCAUUUUGUAGCUAGAGUACCUUCAGGAAAAACUAUUUUUUCUAUACCUACCAUAAGCCCAUUCAAUACAUUAGGGUUUGAUGACCCUGUAUAUAGAGUAUUAAAAAAAGCAGCAGCAAAAGUAGCUAUACCUUGUGUAUUUAGAACACAGAAUAAUUUAUUCCGAGUUCAUAAUAUUAAAUAUAUAUCACAACAAAAAGUAAAAAACGACCAACUCAAACAUUUUAAUCAAUUUAAAUCAAAAUUAUUUCAAAAAAAAGAUGAAGUUUAA